AUGAAGAGCCUUGGGCGAAGAAAUGAAAAGGAAGACAUACGACAGCAGCGUGAGGAGAAUGACGAGUUACGGCAGCGGGUGGAGCAGGCAGAAGGGCGGGCAGAUGAGGAGUGUCUACGGGCAGUUAAAGAAGCUCGCCGGGCAGCUGACGCUCUCGAUGAAGCAGCGCGAGAGCGAGAGAGGGCGGAGGAUUAUUGCGCGCGGGUAAAACGAUUAGAGCGGGAAGUAGCGGUGCUUCAAACGCGAGUUCAAGAAGACCAGCGAAGAGACGCGGAAGGUCAUAGGGCCGAGGGUGAGGGGAGAUUAGAUGCCGGGAGAACUGAAUCAGAUGAGACGAAGCGACAGGCGUAUGUUGAUGGCGAUAUGUUGGGGAAAGGCCAGGGCGAUGAGCACGACAGUGAGCAGGUCGGAGGACGGAGCGGUUCUAGCAGCCCCACAAGCGGAAGUGAAAGCAGCAGUAGCGACGACGGGGCCACAAGUGAGAGUAGUCGCGGUAGUGACUCGGAUAGCGAAGCCGUUUCGUGCUCCAAGUCUGGAACGGACAGAGCGGGUGACGGCGAGGAGAGUGAGAGUGAUGAGGGGGAUAGCGACAGUAGGAAAAUUGACCGACACAGGAAUGAUAGUGACGACGAGUCGAGGGGCGAGGGGAAGGAGAAGGCUGGGGAGGAGAAGGAGGAGGAAGUGGAGAUAGAUGUGGAGGGGUUGGAAGCCAAUGGUAGCGACGAAAGAUCGCAGGGUAACGAGACGACGCCACAGGCGACAUUCGCGAGUGAGGAAAAGGAAAUCGAGCUGAGGGAUGAGUUGGGGGACUUGGAAUUAAUUGAAUUGGGAGGGUGGAGUGAUGGCGAGGGGGAGGUGGAGGCGGGAAGCGGAGGUGGCAAGGUGGAAGAUGCGACGGGAGGAGAGCAGAGUCAGAUUGGCGCGUGUGAGAGUAGGGGACGCGUGGGGUUGACGGGGAUGCUAGAAGGAGCAGAAGAAACAAUGGCGAUGCCCACAAGAAAGGGCGAGUUUUGCGAGGAUGGGGGUGAGCGUGAAGCCGCUGUACGGGAUGUGAAGGAGGAUGACCAGUCGCGGGAGUGUAGUGAAGGUGGGAUGAUGAUUCCAGUAAAGGCUGUCACCCAUGCUGCUGUGGCUACAGCAAGCAUCACCAGCCUAUUGCAUGGCGAUACAAGAAUACAAGGCGAGAGAGAAGCGGAGGAGAGAGAGGAUAGCGGCAAAGAGCACAUAGUAGAUUGCGCUGCUCCCGUUGCUGCUGCUGCUGCUGCUGCUGCUGCUGUUGCUGCUCCUGCUGCUGUUAUGACCGAUUCGCUAGAGCCUGAUGCGAUCCCUGCUGCCGCCGUCGUCAUCCAUACCUCUCCUGGUGUAUCUGCCGCUGUUGCUGAUGCAGUCACUUCCACUGCUGCAGUUGCUGAUGUUGCUGAUACGGUCCUUGAUGUUGCUGCUGCUGCUGCUGCUGCUGCUUCUGCAGCUGCUGCAACUGCCACUGUAGCGGAUGCUGACCCUAGCGGUGCUGCAAUAACAGCCCCGUUGCCGCAUCCUGCCACCACUGCCGGUACCGCCGCCGCCGCUGCUGUGUUAAGCUGUCCUGGCAAUUUUCUGGGUACUGAGAGCGCUGAGAAGACCGGGCGAGCAGGCAGCGCGUGUAGCCUGCGGGCCAUGAAACGUCUCGCCAGGAACCGAGGCCCGCAUGCGCCCUCCGUGAAGCCGCCUGCAUUGGCCCUCACACCUGCACCUUCAACGCCUGCGACUUUAGCUCCAGCGCCCGUAGCACCUGCGCUUGACUGCGCUCGCGCCGACCCCACAGGAGCCACAGCGGCGGCCAUUGGUGAGCAUACAGGCACGGUUCAGCGCGUGACAGCUGAAACACCUGAUCCUGUGGUGAUGGGGAGUAGCAACAAUGGAUAUGGGACGGCAGGGGCAGAUGAGGGACGGAGAGAGGAGGGGAAUGUGCCGGAAGGGGGGCUGGACGGUGCGAGGGGGAGAAAGCGCAAGGAUGGGGGAGGUUCCGACGGAGCUUCGUUGGCGCAUGCGCAGGCGGCGGUGCGCGCGCCGAUGGUAGGACAUGGGGCGGCACGCGCGCAGAGAGCAGUGAUGAGCACGGUAGUAGAGGAACCACCGCUGGAUGAUGUGCGGGCGUUCUUUGCGUCGCUCUGCUUCCCCGUGGCUUGCUCCCCGCCUGCCGCCCCGUCCCCGCCGUCGCUCACUGCAUGCGAGGAGCUUAUUCGGUCGAACAAUGGUCAAAUGGAGCAGCAGCCGCCGCCGGUGCAGCAAACCCUAAAUGGGUGUACCAGACCCGCUGUGUCCGCGUUAGCUCCCCUUCCCCUGGGUCCUCUCCCCGCUCUCCUCCACCUGCCUUCCCCGCACCACCUGCGCGCCCCACCCGUGCGCGCGCUGGUUGGCCCUGGCCACAUCGCCCCAUGCAGGGACGACCGCGUUGGCCCCCUGUCGCUGCCUCAUGAGUCCCACACCCCAUCCAGCACACACGGCAGCUGCACUGCUAUCGUCACAGCCACUGCCACCGCUACUCUCAUUGCCACUACUGCUGUCGCCGGUGCCGCUGCCCCUGCUGCUGCCGCUUCUGCUGCUGUACGGGCCAAUGCGGGUGCAGGUGUGAAGGGUGGAACAGAUGUCACUGCCAGUGGCGGCAGCAGCACAGCAGGCAGCAUGCCGCCUCCCCAUGCCGUGUGCGCCUUCGCCCCGCCCUCAGGCUCCUCGCACUCCCUGUCAACCACUCAACCUCCUCCUCUUGCUGUUCCUGCGUCCCCUUCCUCUGUUGCUGGCGCGAGCGCUUCCCUCCGUGAUGCUUCCGCAUCUCACGGCUGCUGCAACGAGCAAAUGCAGGCAGGCGCGGGCGGGAUUCCGAUAGAAGCGGAGAUGGGGGGCGGGAAGAGGGGGCUAGAAGGGUGGGCAGAGGGGGAUGGAGACGCGGAGCGGGAUAUGGAGGCGGAGAAGGAAGCGAGGGGAAGCUCGUGCGGCGAAGGGGCAGCGGUUCUACUUGACCAUUUGGCUGCUCUGGGUGAUCUGGGGGAUGGUGGGGCAGGGAGGGGGAGGGGUUCUGGGAAACGGGAUGCAGGCAGGGGGAAAGCGGGCGAGAGGGGGCAGGGUGGAGGGAGAGGGAGGCGGGGAGGUGGGGUGGGGCGGGGCAGUGGAUUGGAAAGGAGAGCGUCUGGGAAGAAGGGGCAGUGGUGGGUUGAUGUUGGGAUGGCAGCAGAGGGGCAAGACGGGCGAGAAGGCAGUGCUGCAAGGGCUGCGGCGGCUCCCAGCCGUGGGCUUCUCCCGUCCUCUGCAUCCCUCCCUGCUGCGAUCUACCUCACUCCACGCUCCUCCUCCUCUGUGUCUGCCUUUGAAAUCGCCAAUCCCCUUGUGCCCCUUCUUCCCAACGCCACGGCCCCUACCCCUCCUAUUCCUCCGUCUGCGCCUCCCCCGGUUCCUGCCCUAGUAGGUGUUCCGGGCGCAGGCGCGGGUGUUGGUGCAGGGCGCGCGGCAGGGGGUGUGGGUGCUGGUGCUGCCGCUGCCGCUGCCGCUGCCGCUGGCGCUAAUGUUGGCGCCGGUGCCAGUGCUGGCAUUGCAAGGGCGCGUUCAUCGGGGGGUGGACAGUUGGUGGUGGCGCCAGGGGUGGCAGCAGCAGUGGCAGUGAUGCAGGUGGAGAGGCGAGUGAGGGAGAGGCAACAGCGGGUGUUAAGGAGGAUGAGGAGGGGGUCGAAACGAAGAGGGGAGAGCAUGGGGAGGAACAGUGGGGCUGUUAGAGGUGUGCUAGGGGCAGCAGGGAGGGGAGAAACGGGCUAUGGCGAUGCUGGUGCGAGUGCGUUCUCUCAGGCUCUUCUUGCUCGUUCCAAGUCUGCUGGUGCUCUGUCUAUUACUGCCCCCACAGCAGCACUCGCCCAACCAUCACCAGCUACCGCCACCGCUCCUGCUGCUGCUGCUGCUGCUUCUGCUGCUGCUGUGGGUGGUGGUGCUGCUGCUUUUGGCACACCAGCGUUGCCUUCUGCUGGGUCGUGUCCUGAAAGCUCAGCUGCAACUCUCCCACCCUCUCUCCCGCCAUCUGCAUCCACCUCUCUCACACCCGUGUGCGCCCCUCCUCACGCGUCCGAGCGUGGCCCCAUGUCCGUGGCUGAAGCCCUAGCAGCAGCAAAGGCAAUCCAGCGCGAGCGGCAGGCGUUGGGCCAAGGAGGGGCGGCGACAGGAGCAGGAGCGAGGGCAGCACAGGGCAGAGGAGGAGCUGGUGGUUCCAUGGUGCGAGGGAGUGGGAGCGGUGUAGGCGUGUGUGGGGUAAGCAGUGAGCAGCGAGGAGGGGAGCAGCGGAGGGGACGUGUGAGGGGAGAAGCAGUCUGGAGUGGCCUGGACGUGCUUCGUUGCUCUGCAGUACCUGCUGAGACGCCUCACUCCAGCACCCUUACCGCUCUCAACCGCUCGUCUAUGCGAGCUGUUAACUGGAGGAGGCAUGCUGCUAAUGGGGCUGGAACAGGGGCAGUCAGGGGUGAUGCGGGGUGCUGGGAUGGCAGGGAUGGGUAUUGUAGCGAUGGAGGUAUGAUGAGGCAGGGGCGAGGAGAGGCGAACAAGGCAGGAUGGGCGGUGGGAGAUGUGUUUAGAAGAGGAGGUGCAAGUGGGGACGGGCGGGAAGACGACGUGCGGGGCUGGUUGGGGAGUGAGGGUGGGGGAUGGGAGAGUGACGUGGAUAGUGGAUGGGAGAGUGAGGGUGGAGGGGUGGAGGUGCGAGGAGGGAAUGGGGUGUGGAAAAGACAGGAUGAGAGCGCCUGGUGGGCCUCCAGUCUUCCUCCCUCGCCCACUCCCUCCUCUCCCACACCCCACUACCCUAACCCCUCGUCGUCACCCACUCCCCAUUACGUAAUUCCCUCAUCACCUGCUCCUCAUUACCCCAACCCUCCAUCCCCAACUCCGCCGUCCCCCACGCGGCAUGUGUUUCCCACACCGCAAGCAUGA